AUGUCUGCCCACCAGGAUAACGAUACCGGCUGUUUGACAGGACAAUGUGGUCCUCCAAUUGUAAAGGAUACUCCAACACAAGAACGCGCACCAUUUGACCCACUCGAUUCGACAACUUUCACCCAUCCUGAAAUCGACAAACUUUCUCCUCAAGUAAUUAUCGAGUUCUGCGAUCGCUGCAGAUGGCUACACCGAGCGACCUGGAUCCAGACAGAGCUCUUGCUCACAUUCCCCCCACCUGCAAUCCAGAGUAUCACCCUCAUUCCCCUAAACACCCAAGAAACGGGAGCUCGAUUCAGGGUAUGGCUCUUAGCAGAGAACAGCAUGCAACUUGUUUGGGACAGGAAGAUGGCGGGAGGAUUCCCCGAGCUGAAAGAGCUGAAACAGCGCAUCCGCGAUGUCAUCCUGCCAGGGAAGAGCUUGGGCCACUCUGAUACACAUAAGGCCGAAUUAUCAUGAAUACUGAACGUAAAUCAAUCUGACAAUGACUAUCAUGGUGUUCCAU